UCGUUGGAAAGGUCUUGGAAUAUUCUAUAAAACUUAACCGGUUCUGAACCGGUAAUGAACCGGUUCAUAGCCGAUAUUAAAUUUUUAUUCGAAAAUCAAUUCUAAUACUUUUAAAACAAUUUUGGAGGAUCUUUUGAGAGAUUUACGAAUCGGUUCAAAUCGGUUGAGAACCGGUAAAUGGUAAAUGAUGCGAAAGUGCUUUUGAGGUAUAGCAUCUAAAUCACGAGUUCGAGUAUUUUGCAAAGCCUGAGACGCUUUGCCACCCCUUUUUUAAUAUAUAAGAUUUACAUGAUCUUUUGUUUUUGUUUUUUUUUUUUUUAAUAACGCCAAUGGAUAAAUGUAUAUUUGCUGUUUUUUUUACAUUUAUUUAUCGUUUUCUUAAUAUCCUACACACAAUAACUUUUGUUUGUAAACAUGUUUUCAAAAUUUUCUAUGAGCGUGAGCGAGAUGACUAGAUCUAGGUUUCAUUCACUCUCAUUGAAAUGUCAAAAACAUGUUUACAAAAGUUAUUGUGCGUUGGGAAUAAGUGGAUUAUCAUUAUUACAACAGCCGUAAUCUGAUAUUUCUCAACAUGAUUUCGAUUGGACGAUUGGAGCUUUUAUGGCACUUAGUUCCCAAUCCAAAGCUCUUUCCAAAACAAAAACAAAUUUUAUUGUGCGUUGGGCAUAAUGCCAAACGCACAAUAACUUUUGUUUGUAAACAUGUUUUUGACAUUUCAGUGAGAGUGAGUGAGAUCUAGAUCUAGUUGUCUCGCUCACACUUAUAGAAAAUUUUGAAAACAUGUUUACAAACAAAAGUUAUUGCGCGUUGGUCAUAAUGCUUUAAUUUUUUAUUUAUGAUUCCGAUUCUUUUAAAUUUUGAGUAAAAUAUUAAGGUGAAGUGGGGCUACAUAGAAAACGAUAUUUUUAGGCAUUAGAAAUUGCGCAUUAAAAAAUUUAUUUCAAUCGAUAGAUUUGUACACCAGUUCAAAGAGUUACUCAUCCCGGGAUAUUGUUUUUUUUUGUAAGGGAAAAGGAGAAAUGAUACAACAUAGAACACUCUAUAUAGCUCUGUGUAUAUAUAGUAUUUCUAUUCACCCUUAUUUGGUAUUGGAAGGAAAAUCACGUAUUUGCUGUGAAUCAUAUGCACGAUGUCAAGAAGAGGACAUGUACUUUGUCAAGAAGGGAUAGAGCAUAUGCUGUAUGGUCCUCUUUGUGCUCUGUCGAAGGGUCGGGCAAAAGAGUGACAGACUUUACUGUACGCUUGCGUGUAUUUGUGCGCGUUUUCAUGUUCAAUAUUGAGACCUUUUUGGCAAAGUAUAGGUUAUUGGAGUAAAUGUAGAGAGGGGCAAAUUAUGUAAAAACACAAUAUUUGAAUGUAUUUGUACAUAUUGGCUCUGGGUUUUCUCGUGAGGAGCCAAGUGCAAAGUAAAGCCAAUGUUAGUCAGCUGAAAGCGCGUCCCGAAUCUAGUUCGAUCGUUGUUUCCAUAUAUACACAAAUUUUACUUAUUAAGACACUAAAAGAGAGAGAUAGAGAGAAAAAUAAGCAAAAUAAGGCACAAAUUUAUUUUGUCCAGUGUAGUUUUUGUGUGCUGUGCUGCCCUCACAAAAUUUUCACAAAAAUCUACGGGGAAGAGAUUUGACGAAAACCUGAUAAACGGCUGUUGAUAACGAACAAUACAACACUACAAAUCUUUAUCGCAUACAUUUUCUUAAAUAUUUAAACAAACAAAAAAAAUAAUAUUGAGGCAAUUGUCGAGCUACUUGGGCGUUUUAGGAAUUAUACUGUACAUUUCGUUUUUUUUGAAGAAUUAACUGUGAAGGUGACCUGCUGAACAGAUUUAAGAAAUUAAUAAUUCUUCUUGCAAUAAGACUGAGCUAUAGAAAUUUGCAUUCAUUUGGAAGAUAAGAGAGGAACUUUACUGCUUGCACCAAAACUUACAAAAAAAGAAAAAGAGAAAAUUCUGAAGUUUUGCGUGUGUUUUCUGUGAUCUCAGGAGAGAAAGUUUUAAGAGAAGAAGUUAAAAGGAAAAAAAAGGGGAACAACUUGAGGAUCGAUUCUUCUUUUGAGAGAUUUUUAUUUGGCAACCAAAAAAACAAAAGGGACACGCGAGAAACUCGUGAAAAAAAGUUGGGAUUUACUGUAUAAUGUUCAAUACGUUGGCAUCCUAUCUCUUGGGAAAUUCGAUUAGUAGCAGCAGCACUUGUGGAGCCAAUAAAAAGAAGGAGGAGGAGAAUCACGACAAUCGAACUGGAGACGCGGAUUCACCGUCAGCUGAUCGACACAAUCUACUGCGUACCGUUGCUGACGACGACGACUGGCUACUGGUGGAGCGUGAUUGCAUUGCCGACGACGACGUUAGUCUCCCGCGCACUGACUCUGAGGAAGAAUUGCCCAUUGUUGAAAUAAAAAAUAGUCCUUUGGUAACUAAGACACGUCACAAUAGUCGUCAUGCUGAACCAUCGACAGCCCUCGUGGCCGUCAAUUCCAUGGAGGAAUCCUGGUUCGUGACACCACCAUCAUGCUUCACAGGCACCCAGGCCAUCCACAUGGAGACGUCGCCACUCGAGAAUCUCCUGAUUGAGCAUCCGAGUAUGUCUGUAUACCACAGCAUCCGGGGCCCUUCUCAACCCAUCGAGAACGACAUGGUCGUGCUGAACUAUGAAGCCGAGGAGAAUCAACCCCAUCCGGCCGACGAGAGAAUCGUCAAUCAUACAACUCGAGUCUCAGCCAGGGUCCGGCGCUCGGAUCGCGUCGUGUCAUUGGAGGAGAAGCAGGGCUAUUUGUAUCGCAAUGCUCAAAUGAACCACGACAAGAAGCAACGCCAGAAGUUGUGUCGGAAUGCACUGAUUAGAUCCAACAAGACCAAUGAGGUGAAUGCCAAGAAUGGACGCCAGAAGCGUUCGGACAAGCAACACUCCAAGAAUGCCAGUCGCGCCAAUAACAAUCGCAAGUGCUAAAUUGGUACAAAAAAAAGAUAAAGGCGCCCCCCAUCAUCCUGGCAAUUUAAGAACAACUUUGGCAACAUUCACACGGACUCUGGAGAUAAUCAGGGCAUUUCCCUCCAGAGAAUUUCCAUGGAUUUUCCCCUCUCUAGAAUUUUUUUUCUCAUGCCAAUUUCCAUCUCUCUCUCACGAGGGAUUGUCUUUCACCCCCUUUUUUCUCUCUUUCUCCCAGUUGAGAGACAUUUCUCGAAGAGAUGGAAAUUUUAAGAAAAAAAAGCAAAACUUAAUUUAAAAAAAAACGUGUGAGAAAAAUUAUUUAGAGAAGGAACUUUCUUAGUAGAUUGUCGUGUUUAGAGUUUAAAAAAUAAAUAAAAUAACAAAGAAAAAAUUGGCGAAAAAAAUUUGUGUUCAAAUAAAAAAAAUAUACAAUUACAUCGUUUUAAUUGGAAAAAAAAUGUUAACACUCUGUUAAUCACACUAAAAAAAAUCAUAAUUAAAUAGAUUUGUCGUGUCAUAUUGGAGUGAAUAAGAAAGAAAAAGUUAUAUUACUGAAGAAAAAAAAAAACUAAAAUUGGCUAGAAUAUGCCGUUAAGUGGAGAAAAAAUGCUAAAAAAAACCUGAUAAAAUGAUUAAAAUAUUCGUAUUACUGUAAUUAUAGAGUUUAAAAUAUAUUUCUUCUCUCACAGUGAAGCAAAUAUCCCUUUUAAUUGAUGAAGAAAACAAUGCACAAAUGAUUUUUUCUUUCAAUUAAUAAGAUUCUUUAUAUUUUUAUUUUUGUAUAUAUUCUGUCGGAAGAAUUUUGCAAAAGCAAAACUCAGAGACAUCUUCGACAAGAGAAACAAAAUUUUAUUUUAGAUUUCUCUAACAAAUUGUCGUGAAAUGCGGUGAUUAUAGAUGCACACAAUAAUAAUUAAAUUAAAUAUUAACCUUCUCAAACUAAAAGGUAAUUUUUUCACCCUCUCACACAAAAUCUUGUAAACUGUAAAAAAAAAUACACUUGUAUUUUUGUGUAAAUAAUUUUCUAUUAGAAAAGAAGCGUUUCUAGAGUGUUCCUCAUUGUUUUCUCUUUUGUUCCCUCUAGUAUCUCUUAAUAUUAGUGAUUUAGAACAUCAUCCUCUGUUUAUUACAUCUUCUCAAUUCAAUUUAAUUGUAGAUUGAACGUGAAUGAAGAGCAAAUAAUAGUUUCUAGUGUUCAAAAAAAAAAUUAUAAAAAUCACCCAUUAAAUCCCAUAAAAAAUGAUGAAUGUUGAACUAAAAACUAGCAAAGAAUUGUGAAUUUAACAAUAUGUCUGAAUGUCUUGCAGAAGAACUCUUUAAACAAAAAUGCACCUUUAAUAAACUUCUUGACCCCAAAAAAGAAAAACCAAGAAAAAAAGCUGCAAAAACC